AUGGCGGGACGACCCCUCCGCCUAGCCCUGAACGUGGGCAAAACUAUGGCGCUUGCCCACGUCUUUAUGGAGUACGGUUAUGCCUCCGGUCCCGCCUCCGGUCCGUCUAUGCUCCCAACUUUUGAAGUUGCCGGUGAAUAUCUCCUCACAGACAGACGCUAUCGUUACGGCCGCGAUGUCGCCGUCGGUGACUUGGUUCACUACAAGAUUCCGAUCUUCCCAAAGUCUGACGGCAUCAAGCGUGUGCUGGGCAUGCCAGGCGACUAUGUACUGCUCGACAGCCCAGACUCACAGAGAAACCAAAUGAUUCAGGUUCCUCAAGGGCACUGCUGGCUUGUCGGUGACAACUUGGAGUCCUCCAGAGACUCGCGGAUGUACGGACCCGUACCAUUGGCUCUCAUCAGGGGCAAGGUGGUGGCCAAGCCAUUGCCUUUGUCCGGAGAGAAAUGGCUCGAAAAUGGACUACGUGAUGUUGGAGAGGGCCGGAAGUAA